CAUGCGCGCUCGAGAACGACCGCUAGUGUUUGUGGUAACUGUAUUAUACUCGGUGAUUCUGUGACGAACUUUACAUUUUUGUGUAAAAACGUUAAAAUGGGGGGUAUAAAAUCCCUCGUAUUACUCCACCUGGUCUACAUCAGUACCUGCAUGGAACAAUUGGAUAUCAUUUAUGAAUGGAAGCAGUUGGACUUCGAGUUUCUCACCCCCGAGGCUCGGCAGCAGGCCAUCGAUAGCGGGACCUUCAUACCAGAGAAUAACAUGCCUAUGGGUCUAGAAAUCUAUGGUGAUAAACUGUUCAUCACGGUCCCCAGGUGGAGGAAAGGUGUACCUGCAAGUUUGACUUACGUCAAUUUAAAAGAUAAUUCAACGAAAUCCCCAAAACUGAUCCCGUAUCCAAGCUGGGCAGCACAUUCAAUAGGAUCUGACGGGAAGCCAGAAAUCGUAUCUCCAUUCCGGAUUCGAGCUGAUCGAUGUGACCGUCUCUGGGUUUUGGAUAAUGGGAAAAUUGGUAACCUCGAAGGCAACGCAACGAAGUUCCUACCAUCCCUUAUCAUAUAUGAUUUAAAAACCGACAAUCUCCUUAGGAAAUAUGUUUUCCCAGAAGACCACGUGAAAGAAGAUUCAGGAUUUGCAAAUAUCGCAGUGGAAGACAUGGACUGUGACAAAACAUACGCAUACGCUGGUGAUGUAGGAAAACCAGGAAUUGUCGUUUACUCAUGGGAGAAGAACGAAUCGUGGAGAAUAACGCACCAUUACUUCCACCCAGACCCAUUGGCCUGUGAUUUCAGUGUUAAGGGUCACAACUUCAGUUGGACUGACGCUAUAUUUGGUCUAGGCUUAUCAGCUCCGAACGCAGAUAACUUCAGUACUCUGUACUUCCACCCGAUGGCAAGUUACAACGAAUUCGCCGUAUCAACUGAAUAUUUGAGGAACCAAUCUGUAGCUGAUGCGAAUUUCAACGCCUUCAAAAUGCUUGGAAGCAGAGGACCCAAUGCCCAAUCAAGCGCAUCUUUUGUGGACCCAAAAACUGGAGUCCUAUUUUACUCCCUCGUCAACCUAAACGCUGUAGCAUGCUGGAGAACAACGAAUAAGGAAUAUUUGAUGAAGAAUCAGGGAAGGAUAUAUAUGGAUGACGAGAAAAUGAUUUAUCCGACGGACAUUAAAGUUGAUUACGACGAAAAUCUUUGGGUGCUGUCAAAUCGAAUGCCAAUUUGGAUGUACAGUAAGUUGGACCCGAACGAAGUGAAUUUCAGAGUUUUCUCAGCACCUGUCCUGAACGCUAUAAGCCAUACUGCGUGUGACGUCACACCGAGGUCAGACAUAUUGACGAAGUAUGUGAAUAAAUUAAAAAAUGUUACGAGUAAAAUAGCUUCCAAAAUAAAUCCUAACUCUGGUGCUUCCAGUCUGCAAUUUCCUUUAAUUGUUUCGCUAAGUUCAAUUCUAUUAUUAUCUGUUUCAUUAAUAUAAUUAUAACGUAAUGUAAACAUUUUGUGUGUUUUGAUUAUUAUGAGUGAUUUUUAGCAAGUAACGGAUUAAAAUAUUUAAUCUUAUAUAAGAAUAAAUCGAAAAAUAAAAAUGUAAUUAGAGUUUAACUAUAAAAUAGUAAAAAUAUAAUGUGAAAUUUUAUAAUAUGUGAUAAUAUAUGUUAACAUAAAAAUAGGCCAAAAUAUAUUUGGACAUAGUUUUGUUUGCUUAAAAGGCAAAAGCUUAUUUCAUUCGGCUUUGCUUUUUGCUUUAAUUUGGCUAAAACUUGACAUUAUAUGUUACAGAAAAAAUCAUCAUAUAAAUAUAAUAUUGUAAUAAAUAUUAAUGUUUCUACAUUGAAACUUUUUAAGGUGCUAAUUAUAAAUAAUUGACAUUUUAAACUUCAAAUAAAACAAAACACUUUCUUUAUGGUACACGGUACAAAAUAAUAAUACGUUACCGUUUAUUUAUUGUGAUUGUACAGAUAUUAUUAUGUAUUAAGUUAAAAAUGUGUACUUACUUGACGCGACCUUCAAGUGAUACAAAGUGACUUAGAUUAAGUGUCAUUAUUUUUUUUUUUUUUUGUAAAUAAUUUCGUUAAUAGAUUAAAUGCUUUAAGCUUUA